AUGAUGACAGCGCGGGUACUUUCGGCAUUCUGUAUAUAUUGUGCUUUCUAACAAAUGAGCUAAUCAAAGACUUGCACCUAGCCUACUUGAUGACCGAUCAGCCAUGUCGAACCACGAACAACUUCUGCUAUUUCUGGUCAUCAUCAUCUUCUACUUGACACCAAAAACAGCAUUCGGGCAACCAAAGUCAGGCUGCCCCGGCACCUGCGGCUCUCAGAGCAUCCCAUAUCCAUUCGGCACAAGUCCAGGCUGUUACCUCGACGAGUCGUUUCUCAUUUCCUGCAACAACACGUCAAACGGUCAGAAAGCAUUAUUUUUCCCAAAAAGCAACGUAACCAUCCUCGGCAUAUCGCUCGUUGAUCACGAAAUACGAGUCUCCAGCUCCAUAUCCUACGAUUGCUACGAAUACGACAACUCAGGCCAUCUCAGCAGCAGCAGCAACAGAGUCUCUUCCAUGCUCACGUUCUCCAAGUUCCCUAUUUCAAGUAGCCGCAAUAGGUUCACGGCUGUCGGCUGUGACACUGUCGGGGUUAUCGUAAGCUCGAAAGGGCGAAGCUACACGACCGGAUGCGUAUCCCUUUGUACAAAGUUUGAGGAUGUGGAGAACGGGACAUGCUCCGGCAUUGGUUGUUGCCAAAUACCUAUACCGGAAGAUGUGAUAGAUUAUGCCACGGCAACUGCGAGCUUGAGAAACCAUUCGGACGUCAGAGGCUUCAAUCCGUGCGGCUACGCUUUUGUUGUGGAAGAAGACGCCUUCAACUUUUCCUCCUUGGAUCUUGGAAACUUUCAGAAUAGGGAGAGUGUCCCGGUGGUGGUUGAUUGGGCUGUUGGGAACCAAACAUGCCAACAAGCUAAAACCAGUGCUACUUAUGCAUGUCUGGCAAACAACAGUGAGUGUUACGAAUCAAACAACGGGGGUGGCUACAUCUGCAAAUGCAAUAAGGGUUAUCAAGGAAAUCCAUACCUUCUUGAUGGAUGUCAAGAUAUAAACGAGUGCGAGGUUUCAAACCCGUGCAGCAGCACAGCAACAUGCAACAAUAUCCUUGGAAGCGUGAAUUGCUUGUGUCCCAAGGGACACGACGGGGACGGAAUGAGAAACGGAGAAGGCUGCAGCCCAAUUGAUAAACGUAGUACUCAAUCUCUCAAACUUGCUAUUGCCUUAGGCAUCUGUAUAGGCAUGUUGGCAUUGCUCGUUGGAGGUUUUUGGAUUUAUUGGGGAACCAAAAGAAGAAAAUACAUUCAACUUCGAGAGAAAUUUUUCCAACAAAAUGGUGGCAUAUUGCUGCAGCAGCAACUCUCUUGUCACAAAGGAUCUGUCGAGACAGCCAAAAUUUUCACUGCAGAGGAACUGAAAAAUGCGACUAAUAAUUACGAUGAAAGUAGGGUUCUUGGCCAAGGAGGCUACGGGACAGUGUACAGGGGAUUGCUAUCAGAUAACAAAGUUAUUGCCAUUAAGAAAUCCAAAAUUUGCGACCAAAGCCAAAUCGAACAAUUCAUAAACGAGGUAAUCGUGCUUUCACAAGUAAAUCAUCGUAAUGUGGUCAAGCUAUUGGGGUGUUGUUUGGAGACCGAAGUACCCUUACUAGUUUACGAGUUCAUCACAAAUGGUACUCUUUCCGAUCAUAUUCAUGAUAAUGGCCAAAACUAUUCGUUGCUUCCUUGGGAAAUGCGCCUUAAAAUUGCAGCAGAAACAGCUGGGGCACUUGCAUACUUGCACUCUGCAACUUCUAUGCCUAUCAUACAUAGAGAUGUGAAGACUACCAAUAUUCUAUUGGAUGAUAAUUAUAUAGCAAAAGUUGCUGAUUUUGGAGCUUCAAGGCUUAUUCCUAUCGAUCAAACUCAGCUAACCACUCUAGUACAAGGAACACUCGGAUACUUAGACCCUGAAUACUUCCACAGCAGUCAGCUGACAGAAAAAAGUGACGUCUAUAGUUUCGGAGUUGUUCUAGCGGAGCUGCUAACGGGUAAAAAGGCACUUUCUUUUGAUAGGCCAGAGAGCGAGAGAAACCUAGCAAUGUACUUUGUUUCUUCGAUGAAAGAGGAUCGCUUAAUCGAAAUUCUUGAUGAUCAUGUGAAUGUCGAUGAGGAAAUAAUUAUCAAGCAAAUACGGGAAGUAGCUAUUCUUACAAAGAGGUGUUUGAAGGUAAAAGGAGACGACAGGCCUACUAUGAAGGAAGUCACGGCGGAGCUAGACGGACUGAUCAGUUUGGGGAAGCAUCCGUGGGGAAGAGAUGGGUUUGGAUUCGAAGAGACUGAGUACUUGCUCAACCCUAAUUCUGAGCGUUACAACGGAGACGGGGAUGAACCUGGUGGAAAUUGCAGUACUAGUAAUACUAGUUAUGCAGGGUUUGAUAGCAUGAAAAACCAUAUAAUAAUGCCACAUGAUGAUGGGCGAUAGAUUCUUCUGUCUUUUAGCUAGUGGAUGUUAAUUAGACAUGUGUACUAUAUUAGGAUUAAUGUUAAUAUUUGUUGAUGGUUAUUGUUUGAAGUUGAAUGAUUAUGUUGGAUUCUUUUU